AUGCCCUACCAAUACCUCACAUUCAGCGAUCUCUACGAGGAGCAGGUGCGAUCCUCGGCACCCUCCUCACCCGUCAUGUCCGCAUCCUCGCUAUCACCCGUCUUCCUCCUCCCCUCCACAUCACAGCGCUCAUCCGCAUCGCGGUCGCCAUCACAUCGUUGCACCACUCGCGACGUGCACGGUCACUCCACCCUCCAAACCCACACGCAAGACUCGGACGACGUGCCUUCCCCCUCCACCUCUCCAUCAAGCUCCUCGGCCCUCCACCUCGACCUGCUGCGACUCUUCCGUCGUCGAUCCUCCAUCAAGUCGUGGUCCAAGAAGCAUUCUGCGUCCAACUCGGUCGUGUCGACACCCACAUCGUCGCGUCGAUCCUCCUUCACCUCCGGAUUCGCCCUCGUCUCCGCGGCCAGCAGCGCAAAUACCAGCCCCGCCAUCAGCAGACAGCCAACAAGACGCUUGAGCGAGUACGAAGAGAUGCUCCAAAAGACGGUGCGCGCCGAAGAGGAAGAUGAGAGGCAGAGGCAGUCCGAGUUGCGGGCGUACUUCGAGAAGGCUGGCGAGAGCGGGUUGGGGUUGAAGAGGUUUUAA